AUGCGAUCACUCAGCGUGAUUUGCAUGAUUUGUGAAGGCGCAUCAAACUACCCUAAUUGCUGUUGUACCCAUGAUCAGAGUCCUGAUCUGAGCGAAAACAAGCUCCUCUACACUGAGACUAUUGCAUGGGCUACCAACAAGACAGCAGCUGAUCACAAUACCGCAGCUGAGAAGGUCGAGCGCUCUAUUUGCCGAAGAAGUGAGCUUGACGUCUUGACGAAGCCAGACGAAGCUUGCCCAAUUUCACAUUGUUUGCUGCAUGACAGCUGCUACAGCCUCCCUGAAAUCACCGACGCCCCGAGGUAUCCGCAUGCAAGGCUGUGCAGAGCUGUCAAAGAUCGCCACCAGCUGCUGCGAAACCAUACCCUUUCUUCAGAGUUGAGGCCACAACGCGUGCGAAUGCUUCUCCUGCACACCUCGGAAAUGCGACUGCAUGCACCAUGUACGGAAGUGUGUUACAACUGUACACCACCUUUGCUAUUUGCGCAGUCGACGGAGGCCCGCACCGAACAAUGA